AUGGAUUCAUUGGUCAAGAGGAAUGGCGUUAAGCAUGCCCAUGAGGUUUUCUUGGAGUUUAAGGAUUCAAUACCAAUGAAUGCACAAAGUUUCAACAUUUUAAUAAAAGGUUGGUGCAAAACUAGGAAGCUUGCUAUUGCUAGGGAGAUUAUGGAGGAUAUGGAGAAACAUGGGUAUCAGCCCAAUUUGCUUUCUUAUACAUGUUUCAUCAGAUUUUACUGUGAGCGCAGUCAUUUUCGAAAAGUAGGUACCAUUCUUGAUGAAAUGAAGGUCAAAGGUUGUGCCCCAACUAUUGUCACGUACACCAUUGUAAUGAAUUAUUUAGGGAAGGCUAAACAAAUAAAUAAAGCUUUGGAGGUUUAUGAGAAAAUAAAGGAGAGUGGUUGUGCUCAUGAUACUUCUUCUUUCAACUCUUUCAUUUUCAUUCUUGGCCAAGCGGGAAGAUUGAAAGAUGCUGAAGAUGUGUUCGAUGAUAUGCCAAAGAAAGGAGCUGCCCCAAAUCUAGUAACCUACAACACUUUGAUUUCUAUGCAUUGUGAUCAUUCGCAAGAAAAGGAAGCUUUGAAGUUGCUUAAGAAAAUGGAAGACACAUGUUGCAAACCGGACCUAAGGACUUAUGCUCCUCUGUUGAAGAUAUGCUGCAGUAAGAGGAGGAUGAAAGUACUCUACUUUCUGCUAAACCAUAUGUAUAACAACAAUGUAAGUAUUGAUGUUUCGACCUAUGGUCUUCUGAUUUGUGGGCUUUGCAAGAAUGGGAGAGUAGAAAAUGCUUGUUUUUUCUUCAAGGAAAUGGUUUCAAAGGAACUGAUUCCCCAUAACACCUCGUAUGAUAGAUUGACAGAAGAACUUAAGGCCAGGAAUAUGGUUGAAGAAAAAGAAAGGAUUGACAAGUUAAUGUUGAAGGCAAAGAAGACUGUAACAAUUUCUUAA